AUGUCGAUGAAUACGACGCCUGCCACACAAUCGCAUGCAUAUGAGCACAAUGGUGAAAUUGACGUCCCGAUGGAAGACGCAGAUCCUUACAACCGAACUAAAUACCCUCCCCGUCCUGCACACCAGCACCGACUGUCCACCCAAUACAUCCCCGAGGCCUCAACCGCCGCACAACGCUACUCUCCUAUGAAUGCUCAACCGAUAGGUGCUGCAUACGCGUCGAGCCCGAAAACGCAAAAUCAAAACAGUUUCCCAUACCUGAACCAGCCCCCAUCAUCGCGAGAAUCUCCCACCCGGCAAGGGAACUAUACCUCAGAUCGAUAUACUGAGCCACCAACGCCGACCAGAUACCAUUCGGGCUAUUCCUCCGCCAUGCAGAAUUCCGAAUUGAGCCCGGAGUCGUAUUAUCCUGCCUCCGCCGGCAAUGGACGUCCCGUCCCGCUGUCGAGACAACAGUCACAGGGUGCAGGACCUGUUCCGAGGUUUAGGAAGGUCAAAACUGUGCAGGAUCUCACUCCAAAGGUCAAUGCUCAGCCACCAUAUCGCAGAGCAAACCCCGAAGGCGGAUUCAUAAGUCCGCUGCAGGCCCUAACCACGUACCUUCCCGCCACAUAUCGGAUCUGUAACCCCAGUUUCAAAUACGAGUCAUCAAGGAAUCCCAGGCGAGUCUUGACAAAGCCGAGCAAGGGGACCAAGAAUGAUGGCUACGAUAAUGACGAUAGCGACUACAUUCUCUACGUGAAUGAUAUCCUGGGCAGCGAAGAGGCGGGCCACAAAAAUCGAUACCUGAUCCUGGACGUUCUAGGCCAGGGCACUUUUGGUCAAGUGGUGAAAUGCCAGAAUUUAAGGACCCAGGAAGUCGUUGCUGUGAAGGUCAUCAAAAACCGGACGGCGUACUUCAACCAAAGUAUGAUGGAAGUGUCGGUCCUCGAUCUUUUAAACCAGAAGCUCGACAAGAAUGAUGAUCACCAUCUCCUGCGCUUGAAAGACACAUUCAUCCAUCGACAGCAUCUAUGCCUAGUUUUUGAGCUCUUGAGCGUCAAUUUAUACGAACUAAUUAAACAGAAUCAAUUCCGAGGUCUCAGCACCACCCUUGUCCGAGUUUUUGCCCAACAGUUAUUGAACGGUCUCACCUUGUUAAACAAGGCCCGACUCAUCCAUUGUGAUCUGAAACCGGAAAAUAUCCUGUUGAAGAACCUGGAAAGUCCAAUUAUCAAGAUCAUUGACUUUGGGUCUGCUUGUGACGAAAGACAGACAGUCUACACUUAUAUUCAAUCUCGAUUCUACCGAUCCCCCGAGGUGCUAUUAGGGUUACCUUAUUCUUCUGCCAUCGACAUGUGGUCUCUUGGGUGCAUUGUUGUGGAGCUCUUUCUGGGACUACCGCUUUUUCCGGGGUCUUCUGAGUACAAUCAAGUUUCUCGAAUUGUUGAAAUGCUAGGUAUGCCUCCGACGUGGAUGUUGGAAAUGGGCAAGCAAUCGGGAGAGUUCUUCGAAAAGACGACGGACGAGUUUGGUCGCCGUACAUAUCGGCUCAAGAGCAUGGAACAAUAUUCUCGUGAACACAAUGUCAAGGAGCAACCGAGCAAGAAAUACUUUCAAGCGACCACUCUCCCCGAAAUCAUUCGCAGCUAUUCUAUGCCUAGGAAGAAUAUGAAACAAGCUGAAGUGGAAAGAGAAAUGAACAAUCGCGUUGCUUUUAUCGAUUUUGUUCGUGGCUUACUGACUAUCAACCCUCUGGAACGUUGGUCCCCUCAGCAAGCGAAACUGCAUCCGUUUAUCACUCAACAAAAGUUUACUCAGCCUUUCGUCCCCCCGAUGAAUCUGAAGUCCCCGUCGUCGAGCAAAACCCCUGCCCCAGGUGUACAGCAGCAACAACAAGCCGAAGCUCUAAGCAAACAGAGAGCCGCUCAAGCCGCCCAUGCUCAAGCCCAAGCAGCACAAGCCCAAGCCCAAGCUCAAACAGUGGCUCAAAAUGCGUACGCCAUGCAAAUGAGCCCCUACCCACAAUCCCAGCCGCCGCCAAUGUACAGCACUAUGUAUCCCGGUCAUCAACAAGGCGCUCCUCCACCAUAUCCUACCCAUUCGGGUAACUAUGCCCCUCAGAUGGGCAUGAUGUCGCAGCAAAACCCUCAGAUGAACCCUAGUCAUUACAGUCAUCAACAGAGCUUGUAUGCGCAGGCUACGCAAAGGGCAGGUCGUCAACGUGCGUCCACCUUGGACCAACAACAGGCUGGAAUUCCUGCUGCGAUACAGCGCGUUGCCAGUCAUCUUGACCCAAAUGCGCCGAUCAGACUCCAACCCAGCCCCGCUUACUAUCCACCUCCGGCGGAUGGAUAUGUCGACUCGCCCUCGACGGCCCGGAGACGAGGCAGUCGCAAUCAAAGGAAUCGUGAUUUCAUCCGGACUCUGGAAGAUGGUGCAAUGGGGGAUACCUUCAUGAGCAAAGCACAAUGGCAUUGA